CCACCGGCCACUAGUUUAGUUUUCGUAUCGCCGCGAGAGACACAGGCCGCGCGCGUUCAGCCAAUUAAAAAAAGUUUUCAACGCCACAACGGCCGGUUUUUAAAAACAAAAGUGACAGUUGACUCGCUUAACUAACUUUACCUCGAUUUUAAAAACAUUCGAACGUGAUAUUUGUGUUUGAAUACCAAGAACGGACUGUAGUGUUGUGUAGUAUGAUUUCGCAAUUAAAAUAAUACAAAAUGGAGGACGUUUAUACAAUUAAAGUGAGAACUAAGCCUGAUACGAGGAAUUCUUAUCCUUCUGAACGGAGGUAUUCGGCGUCUACAGUGUCAGGGCUAGCUUGGGUGCAUUUAGCUUUAGCUGCAACAUCGUUUCUAUUAGCAUGUUUAGCUUUAGUCAACCCACACUCCGGCAUAAAGCGAAUGACUUUAAAUGAUACGGAAGAGCGAACUGUAAACAAAAGUGAGCUGAUAUUUAAUUUAACGGAAUCUGUUGAAACGAAUGAUUUUGAAAACAGAACCAAUGAAGUGCCUUAUGAUACACAUGAAAGCAGCUAUAUUUUAGUCCUAGCUCCAACUAUAAUAACAGUUUUCGCAAUUGCUUCUAUUAUGGCUUCAGUGAGAUGGUACAUAGACCAUAAUAUAACAUGGUUAUUCAUAAUGUCUAUAUUAUCGACGAUUUUCGCAUUUGUAUCGUUCACAAUGAUCAUAGUCUGGUUUGUUUCUACAUCGAAUACGGAUUUUUCGGAAUUUUAUAAAGAUAAAAUACCAUUUAAAGAUCAAUUGGUUGUAAGACAUAGUGAUGUCUUGGUUAAGAAUGAAACGCAUUUGGUUAUUGCUUUAAAUCCGCCAAAAGAUGAUGAUGAAGAGGCAUAUGUAUUUACAAAACGAGUAUUGUCUAUUAAUAUAAUGAUAGCUGCUUUUCUAGAGCUUCUCUGGUCGAUUUUAAGCGUCAAAAUAUCAUUUAAAGGCAUGAGAACGAAUUACAAAGACGACACAGAACCGAGGAGCAACUGUAUAUCAGUAGUAACUACAAUAAAAGGUAAUAACACAAAGAAACUACCAAGAAAUACUAAGCUACUCCCUCCAAAGCCAGAUCUGAUCGAACACUAUCCAAGCAGAAAGAUAAAAAAGAUAUUCCUAGCACAAAGCGAUAACGGAUUUUAUUUAAAAGAUCAGAAUACAAAAAAACAAAACGACGACACAAGUUCCGAUUUGUACAAGGAGAGAAUGAUGAACUUUUUGAAUCGCUGCGCUCCCUCGGAAGUGUCCAAUCCGGAACAGACCCCCAGUGUCCAAUCGGAAGCUCUAAAUACUAUACCGGAAGUCACUAACGUACAGAUAAAUGAACGGGCCACGCCGGUAAGCUGGGGUGACACGCCUGACCACACGAUUUAUAACCAAAACAAUAUUAAUUUUGAAAAGAUUUUUAAUUUCGGGAAAGAGAAAGAAACAGAAGAAACUAAUGAUAAUGUGGAAUAAAACAGUAAAAAUAUAACACUUGAAUUAAAAACAAAGAAAGUAAGACUAAAAUGAAAAUAAGACUAAAAUAACAACGAAUCUAAGCUUUCCGAUUUCAGAAAAGACAUAGAAAACGAAGAUCUAUGUGAAAAUAUGCAUUAAAAGUAAAAAGUACUGUUGAAAAUACAAAUAAAAGUAGAUUUUCUAAGAGGAAAGCGAAGAAAAAAGUGAAAAUGCGUAUAAAUAAGACGGUAAAAACGUAGAAAGUGUCGUGUGGAGCGGAGCGUCGGACGAUAAUUAACUGCAGUGUGAUUACUCAUUAUGGCUUUGAAAGUCUAGAAUUUGCUUGCACCUUGAGGUGGUAAAAUAUUGUAAGAUUAUUUGCUUAAUUAUUUGGGUGUAUUAAAGUGCCGUAGGUUCAGAGAACGGAGUUUUUUGAAAAAAUGUACCGCUUUAGAUCAGAAUACGGUUGCAAAAAUUUGAAGAUUUUCUCUAGUGACUUCAUCGAUUCGAAUACUGUUUUUUUGACUUUUGCUCUAUAGAUCACGAACAUACCUAGCUCUAAAACGCACUAAAUUUAAUUUUUUGUAAAUAUGAAAAUUAACAAAAGCUAAAAUAUGAAAAUUGCAACUAAAAUUCGCAAUUUUUUUUUGAGAAAGCUCAUCGAUUACUUCGUUUUUGUAAAUACGUAUAACAAAUUAAAAUUCGCGAUCUCGAGCACGCACAUCCAUCUCGCUUAUGCUCAGUGAAAGAGAAUACGAACCUACGGAACCUUACGUUUUUCUUAGUGCUCAGAAGUGGGAUGUAUUGUAUAAUUGUAUAUGUGAUGAUUUCACGUUUUGUCAUAAUAUUGACAACUGGCACUAAAAACCUUUAGCUCGAAAACGGCACAUAUAAUAGGUAUGUGUUAAUAUGACUGCGUAUGUAUUAUGUACUUAUAAUUAAGUUUCUAUUGACCAAUAAUGAAUAAAUCAUUGAGAUCAGA